UUUAACCACUUGCCUUCCAGGCCGCUGUAUAUAAACGACUGGACGGUGGCAGUCCAGGGGAGGGUUGCCAUUCAUAAACGGCUCCCGCCAUUUUGGACUGUGCGUGCUCCCUGGGAACAUGCAGCACCGCGAUCCGGUGCCCAUUGUGUCAUACGGACCUCUGUGCAAGGUCCCGAUCAUGUGAUCACUGAUUGGCCAAUCAGUGAUCACAUGCAGAGUAGUAAGUAAGAUGUCACUUCCUGACAUCAUUGCUUACUACGUGUGAAAUCUGUGAAUGCUCUGUGUGGAAUCUGUGAAUGAUCACAGAGGUCACAUGGUACAAGGCUAUUCACAGCAGCCUUGUACCAUGUGACAAACUGUGACCAAUCACAGCUCUC